GGACCCAGGGCUCCUCUGGCCUGUCGCUCCUUCUGGUCCUGAAGGUGGAGCCCAGGCCUGGGUUGCCAUGGAUACCGUGUCCCUAGAGCAUCAGAUCCAGAGCGUGCAACGCCACAUCAGCUUUCUGAAAAAAGAGCAGAUGACCCUGCUGCGGGACCUGCACCUGGAGAUCCUGAGGCUGCAGAAACGCUGCUCAGAACUGACUCAUGACCUGGAGAUGAGAGAGGCCCAAUCUCACCAGCAAGAGGCGGCGUCCCGGGAGCUGGAAAGCAAGUGCCGUGCGCUGGAGUCGCAGCUGGAGGCGCGGGCGGCGGCCAACUCGGAGCUGCGGCGGGAGGUGGCUCAGCGCGAGGCGCUGGUGUCCGCACUGCGCUGCAGCCUGCGCGCCGAGGAGCGGCGCUUCCUGGAGGAGCUGCGUCGCCGCAGCCACCGCGCCACCGUGCUAGGCACCGAGCUGCAGAAGCACACCGAGGCGGCCGCCUACCUCUCCUGCCAGCUGCACGCGGCACGCCAGAGACUGCAGACACCGCGCCUGGGCCCCGGCGCCGCCGCCGAGCCCCGGCCCCGCCGGCGCGCACAACGAUCCCGCCGCCCGCCCGCUACGGAAGCCGCCGCCAAGGGUCCGGGCCGGGACUGGGUCGCCUGGGACCGCGCAGCCUGCGCCCUGGACGACGCCGACCCAAUGCCCGAUCCCGCGCUCUUCCUCUAUGCCCGGAGGCCCCCGCGGUCCAGCGGCCGCAGCCCGCGCCAGCCGCCUACCCUGGAGCCCCCGGACCAAACCGACCCACCGGCUGCGCCCAACCUGCCCAGUGCGCCCGGGGCCCCGGAAUAGGCGCGGGGCUGGCGGGGCGGCGGG